AUGAUGGCUCAUUGUCAGAAAGAAAAGUAUAAGAAUGCUGAUGUGGCUCGGGGAGUGAAAGCGCUGACAAAACAACGCUCAAAAAGCAUCGAUCAGGUGGAGAAGUUACUCUUGAUAUGGAUUAACGAGAUGAUUGCUCUGGGCAAUAGAUUGUCCGAUGCUGUGAUUUGCAAUAAGGCAAGGAUGUUGUUUGCUGAGUUAUCGCACACAAAUGAGGAAACGCAACCGUUCAAAGCAAGUAGGGGAUGGGUUGAUAAAUUCAAAAGACGAGUCGGUAUUUCCGAUCUCAUUCGAUGUGGCACUGCUUAUCGAGCGAUUCUCACUAACACGCCGAGCACUUCCAAUGAUAGCAGCAAUGAACACAUGCAACAGACGCCUAUCGGCGAGAGUUAUGGAAAUAGUGCAGAUUCAGAUGGACUACUGAUUCACGAUCAGUUGUUUAGUAUCGAUGAAACAAGUCCAUUUUGGAAUGAA